CUCUCUCUCUCUCUGUCUCUCAAUGUUAGCCAGGUGUCUGUGUUCACUAUGCUCCCCAGGGUAAUCUUGAAGGGGACUCUCAUCAAGAAAUCUCAACAAAAGCGAAGGACGUCGCCCUGUAAUUACAAGGAAAGGUUCUUUGUCUUGGACACACAGGACCUGACCUAUUCUGAACAGCGCCCUGGGGUAUGUACAAUUUGUAUUGUUACAUUGUGUGGGGUUUGUUUGUUUAGCAAUUUCUGGCAAGAAUUACAUUUUAUGUUGAAAUUCAUUUACACUUUACACAUCAGCAGUCUCAUUUUGAAAAUCAUAUGUUGAGUUAUUAAGAAAUCUUGCUUUUACAGCAUUUGACAGUUACUGUAUGGGGGUUGUAUUGUUUGAUGUGAAAAUAGAAGGUUAUGAAGAUGUUGAUAGAAAGCUGUAUUCAUCUUCAGAAAAAGCCCAGCCAGAAAGGCUGCAUUGAGCUCUCCAGGAUCAAGUGUGUGGAGAUAGUGUGCAGUGACGUCCCAAUCCCCUGCAGCAACAAGUACCCAUUCCAGGUAAGUCCACGUAAGACAACUCAACUUAAACUCUUCUACUGCUUCUUUCUAAUGGAGGAAUGCUAAUUACUCACCAUUGGGAACACUUUACAAUGACUUUCAUUUAUAAGCCAUGAUACUGUUUUUUCAGAUAUGCAUAAAUGUCUCAACAGGUUGUCCACGACAACUGUUACCUGUACAUCUUUGCCCCGGACAACGACUGUCGUCAGAGAUGGGUCCGAGCUCUGAAGGAGGGUGAGCAGCAGUUAUGGAAGACAAAACAUUCAACGUCAGACCCAUAAUACAAAUACCACACAGAGUCUCUCAGAGCUGAGUUUGCUCAUAUAUACCAUAAUAUAUAUACCAUAAGUUUCCAAAAUCAACAUAAUAUUAAGAGUAGUAUAUAAACAAUAUAUUAUAUGCUCUAUGUCACAUUUGAGUCUCCAUGUCUUAUGCUGUAUUUAAUUUCUCUCUCUUGCAAUGAAGAGACCAAGUGUAAUGCAUUAGUCCUGAAGUACCACCCCAACUUCUGGAUGGAGGGGAAGUGGAGGUGCUGUUACCAGACAGAGAAGAUGGCUACAGGGUGUCAGGAGUACGACCCUAUGGGAUACGGCACAGGUAUAUUUCAUUUGAAGAGUGCAUUUCCCACACUCAAUGUGCAUAAUAUGCAUAAUUAUCAUGCAUAAUUAUAAUUAUAAUACAAAUAAAAAUAAAAAUUAUUAUGUCUUACAAAUAAACAAUUUAUAAACCCUUUGAAAAAUAAUUGAAAAGGGAGAGUCUCAACGUAACCCAUACACAUGAAUGGAUGUAUGGAGGUAGUUUUGUGCCAACAAAAAUAAGGGGUUAAAUAUGUGUAAAAAAAUAUAUAUAUAUAUAUUUCCUGAGCUUUCUUAUUUCUCCAGGUAUAGGACAGACACUUCAAAACCUUAUUCCUUAUGAUUUAUUAUUUGACUGUCUUUCUUUUGCCAUUUAUGAAUGUGUUAUUCAAUGAAUUUUUAUGGGCUAUAGUAGUAAAGGCCAAAUUCUAUAUUUUAUCAAAUGAUUUAAACAUAUUUUCAUUGAUUCCUAAAGGAGUCCUAAAAUUCAAAAUCAAAUAGCUAAGUUAUCCAUGGUAUGACCUUAAAACAAUUCCAUAUGUCAGCUUAGAAUCCCCCCGCCCCCCCUCAACGGCUUAGACUUUUAAGAAUUAACCAGGAAAUGCUCUUCUGUAGCUUCCAAGAAGCCUCUCCCUCCAACCCCGGACCCACAGGUAAAUAUGCAUGAUAAGUCGUCUCUAUAUACGUCACUGUGCCUAUAAACGUACAGUAUGUUGCUUUGAGUCAUAUUCAUGCUAAUGAUCAGUGUUUCCCUUAGCGGCGGCACUCCGACCCGGGCCAGAGGGUGGUGGUAGCACUACAGAACUACAGCCCCAAUGGAGACACAGAGCUGCCACUUCACAAAGACCAGGAGUACAUCCUGACUGACAGCUCCCACCAUGACUGGUGGACCGUACAGGACCACAGAGGGUAAGGAGAGACGACAUGGCAACCCUAUUAUAACCCUAUGACAACCCUAUGUCAACCCUAUGAAAACCCUAUGACAACUCUGUGACAACCCCAUGACAACCCUAUGUCAUAUGACAACCUUAUGACAACACUAUGACAACUCUAUGUCAUAUGACAACCCUAUGACAACCCUAUGACAACCCUAUGACAACUCUAUGUCAUAUGACAACCCUAUGACAACCCUAUGACAACUCUAUGUCAUAUGACAACCCUAUGACAACCCUAUGACAACCCUAUGUCAUAUGACAACCUUAUGACAACCCUAUGACAACUCUAUGAGCCAAUCUGUAAUACAGUUGAAGUCCGAAGUUUACAUACACCUUAGCCAAAUACAUUUAAACUCAGCUUUUCACAAUUCCUGACAUUUAAUCCUAGUAAAAAAUCCCUGUUUUAGGUCAGUUAGGAUCACCACUUUAUUUUAAGAAUGUGAAAUGUCAGAAUAAUAGUAGAGAUAAUGAUUUAUUUCAGCACAUUCCCAGUGGGUCAGAAGUUGACAUACACUCAAUUAGUAUUUAGUAGCAUUGCCUUUAAAUUGUUUAACUUGGGUCAAACGUUUCAGGUAGCCUUCCACAAGCUUCCCACAAUAAAUUGGGUGAAUUUUGGUCCAUUCCUCCUGACAGAGCUGGUGUAACUGAGUCAGGUUUGUAGGGCUCCUUGCUCGCACACGCUUUUUCAGUUCUGCCCACACAUUUUCUAUAGGAUUGAGGUCAGGGCUUUGUCAUUUCUCCAAAAUGUACGAUCUUUGUCCCCAUGUGUAGUUGCAAACCGAAGUCUGGCUUUUUUAUGAUGGUUUUGGAGCAGUGGCUUCUUCCUUGCUGAGUGGCCUUUCAGGUUAUGUCGAUAUAGGACUCAGGCGGCAGGUAGCUUAGUGGUUAAGAGCAUUGUGUCAGUAACCGAAAAGUCGCUGGUUCUAAUCCCCGAGCCGACUAGGUGAAAAAUCUGUCGAUGUGCCCUUGAGCAAGGCACUUAUCCCUAAUUGCUCCUGUAAGUCGUUCUGGAUAAGAGCGUCUGCUAAAUGACUAAAAUGUAAAAUGUUUUAUUGUGGAUAUAGAUACUUUUGUACCUGUUUCCUCCAGUAUCUUCACAAGGUCCUUUGCUGUUGUUCUGGGAUUGAUUUGCAUUUUUCGCACCAAAGGAGGUUCAUCUCUAGGAGACAGAACGCGUCUCCUUCCUGAGCGGUAUGACGGCUGCGUGGUCCCAUGGUGUUUAUACUUGCGUACUAUUGUUUGUACAGAUGAACGUGGUACCUUCAGUCGUUUGGAAAUUGCUCCCAACGAUGAACCAGACUUGUGGAGGUCUACAAUUAUUUUUCUGAGGUCUUGGCUGAUUUCUUUUGAUUUUCCCAUGAUGUCAAUCAAAGAGGCACUGAGUUUGAAGGUAGGCCUUAAAAUACAUCCACAGGUACACCUCCAAUUGACUCAAAUGAUGUCAAUUAGCCUAUCAGAAGCUUCUAAAGCCAUGACAUAAUUUUCUGGAAUUUUCCAAGCUGUUUAAAGGCACAGUCAAUUUAGUGUAUGUAAACUUCUGACCCACUGGAAUUGUGAUACAGUGAAUUAUAAGUGAAAUAAUCUGUCUGUAAACAAUUGUUGGAAAAAUUACUUGUGUCAUGCACAAAGUAGAUGUCCUAACCAACUUGCCAAAACUAUAGUUUGCUAACACGAAAUUUGUGGAGUGGUUGAAAAACGAGUUUUAAUGACUCCAACCUAAGUGUAUGUAAACUACCGACUUCAACUGUAUGUAUUAUUGGCUGUGUAGUUGUACACAUUAGUCAUCCCAUUUUGUCCUUUCCUUCAAUAGAAACUCAGGUUUUGUACCUUGCAUAUAUAUAGCGGAAAAAUCCUGCAACAACUUCAACAGAUUUGAGUGAGUCUGAUUUAUAUCAAACAUAAUUCUCAUGACUAUUUUUAUAGUACAAGAUAACAAUUGUACCCUGUUAUUUUUAUUACAGACAUCUGAUUGGUCUAAUUCCCCUUCUUGUUUUCCAGAUGGUACAACAAAGAUAUAACGAGAGGGAGAGCUGAGGAACUGCUGAUGACAGAGGUACAACAAUGCCGACCAUCUUCAGUUGGACGUUAAACUCUACUACAUAUGCGAGAGGACAGACAUUGUGGGCCUGAUUCAAUCAAAAAUGGGAAGCAAGGUUAUCAGAAUUCAAACCAGACAAAACUAGAGAGAAAGCAUGUUUUUGUUAUCCGUAAAAAAUUAUAAUUGUAAAAAUAAUGUUUUUUUUAAUUGAUCAUGUUUGAGAAUUGGGUUACCGUAUUUGAUUGAAUACAAUCCUGGAUCUUUCCCCAGCAGCACGGAUGCAAAAGCUGCAUUUUGCAAGAUGCAUGUACACACACACACACACAGAGUGAAAGAUGACAUUUGAAACAGCGGUGCAGUUUGCUCAGGUCCAGGAUUUCCUGUUGUAAAUGUGUCAUAAUCGGUAUUACAGACAAAUGAGACAGUGGGAGGGUAGAUUUAGGGUUGUGUAGUGUGAAGGUGGGAGGGUAGGGUUAGGGUUGUGUAGUGUGACGGUGGGAGGGUAAGGUUAGGGUUGUGUAGUGUGAUGGUGGGAGGGUAGGGUUAGGGUUGUGUAGUGUGACGGUGGGAGGGUAAGGUUAGGGUUGUGUAGUGUGACGGUGGGAGGGUAGAUUUAGGGUGGUGUAGUGUGAAGGUGGGAGGGUAGGGUUAGGGUUGUGUAGUGUGAUGGUGGGAGGGUAGGGUUAGGGUUGUGUAGUGUGAUGGUGGGAGGGUAGAUUUAGGGUUGUGUAGUGUGACGGUGGGAGGGUAGGGUUAGGGUUGUGUAGUGUGACGGUGGUAGGGUAGGGUUAGGGUUGUGUAGUGUGAAGGUGGGAGGGUAGGGUUAGGGUUGUGUAGUGUGACGAUGGGAGGGUAGGGUUAGGGUUGUGUAGUGUGAAGGUGGGAGGGUAGGGUUAGGGUUGUGUAGUGUGACGGUGGGAGGGUAGAUUUAGGGUGGUGUAGUGUGAAGGUGGGAGGGUAGGGUUAGGGUUGUGUUAGUGUGACGGUGGGAGGGUAGAUUUAGGGUGGUGUAGUGUGAAGUGGGAGGGUAGGGUUAGGGUUGUGUAGUGUGACGGUGGGAGGGUAGAUUUAGGGUGGGUGUAGUGGUGAAGGUGGGAGGGUAGGGUUAGGGUUGUGUAGUGUGAAGGUGGGAGGGUAGGGUUAGGGUUGUGUAGUGUGACGGUGGGAGGGUAGAUUUAGGGUGGUGUAGUGUGAAGGUGGGAGGGUAGGGUUAGGGUUGUGUAGUGUGACGGUGGGAGGGUAGAUUUAGGGUGGUGUAGUGUGAAGGUGGGAGGGUAGGGUUAGGGUUGUGUAGUGUGAAGGUGGGAGGGUAGGUUGGGUUGUGUAGUGUGAACGGUGGAGGGUAGGGUUAGGGUUGUGUAGUGUGACGAUGGGAGGGUAGGGUUAGGGUUGUGUAGUGUGACGGUGGAGGGGUAGAUUUAGGGUUGUUUUAGUGUGAGGUGGGAGGGUAGAUUUAGGGUUUGUGUAGUGUGAAGGUGGGAGGUAGGGUUAGGGUUGUUAGUGUGUGAGGUGGGAGGGUAGGGUUAGGGUUGUGUAGUGUGACGGUGGAGGGUAGAUUUAGGGUUGUGUUGUGACGGUGGAGGGUAGGGUUAGGGUUGUGUAGUGUGACGGUGGUAGGGUAGGGUUAGGGUUGUGUAGUGUGAAGGUGGGAGGGUAGGGUUAGGGUUGUGUAGUGUGACGAUGGGAGGGUAGGGUUAGGGUUGUGUAGUGUGACGGUGGGAGGGUAGAUUUAGGGUUGUGUAGUGUGAAGGUGGGAGGGUAGAUUUAGGGUUGUGUAGUGUGACGGUGGGAGGGUAGGGUUAGGGUUGUGUAGUGUGACGGUGGGAGGGUAGAUUUAGGGUUGUGUAGUGUGACGGUGGGAGGGUAGGGUUAGGGUUGUGUAGUGUGACGGUGGUAGGGUAGGGUUAGGGUUGUGUAGUGUGACGGUGGUAGGGUAGGGUUAGGGUUGUGUAGUGUGACGGUGGGAGGGUAGGGUUAGGGUUGUGUAGUGUGACGGUGGUAGGGUAGGGUUAGGGUUGUGUAGUGUGACGGUGGUAGGGUAGGGUUAGGGUUGUGUAGUGUGACGGUGGGAGGGUAGGGUUAGGGUUGUGUCGUUUGACAAUUGGAGGGUAGAAUGGGUGUUGUGCAUUUCAAGCUCCCGUCCUGGGGGGAGUCUCACUGUGUUAUCAUGUCAAGCCUUAUUCCUAUAAUAUUCCCAUAAAUAGAGAUUGAAAAUACAACAUCCACGUGACUAUGAUAUGACAUACAACAAAUUCAACCUAAUGAACUCAACAGAUGUCUUGAAUUAUACUGCAUUUUUACUGAUGAUUAUGAUUUAUCCUGCUCAAAUGAAAUGUUGUUUUUGCAGGGUAAAGAAGGAGCCUUUAUGGUGAGAGACUCCAGGCAUGCAGGCGCAUACACUGUGUCUGUCUUCACUAAAGCCCCAGGGUAACUACUGCCUGUUAGGCGUUUACAAUGUGUCUGUCUUCACUAAAGCUCCAGGGUAACUACUGCCUGUUAGGUGUCUACACUGUCUCGUUCUCCACUAAAGCCCCAGGGUAACUACUGCCUGUUAGGUGUCUACACUGUGUCUGUCUUCACUAAAGCCCCAGGGUAACUACUGCCUGUUAGGCGUCUACACUGUGUCUGUCUUCACUAAAGCCCCAGGGUAACUACUGCCUGUUAGGCGUCUACACUGUGUCUGUCUUCACUAAAGCCCCAGGGUAACUACUGCCUGUUAGGCGUCUACACUGUGUCUGUCUUCACUAAAGCCCCAGGAUAACUACUGCCUGUUAGGCGUCUACACUGUGUCUGUCUUCACUAAAGCCCCAGGGUAACUACUGCCUGUUUCAGACAUGUCACUCAGCUUCAAUUACAGUCAGUUAAAGGGGCAAUCUGCGAUUGGUAUUUGGACAUCCCUAGCACUGUCUAUGAAUUUGAGAGUGGUUACAUAUCUCCCGCCCCAUCCCUCAGCUUUUUAUCAAAACAGUGGCAGGUUUACUGCUUUGUUAUUGUUUGAACUGCAUAUUGCCCCUUUAAAGAUUUUGCUAUAUCAUAGUUACAUGAUGAUGAACCACAUUCAGGUCCAACGGACAGAAGAACCCGCGGGUGAAGCACUACCAGAUCAGAGAGUCAGAGACAGAAGAGACGUCCAAGUUUUACCUGGCAGAGAAAUACCUGUUCAGCACCAUUCCUGAGCUCAUCCAGUACCACCAACACAACGCUGCAGGUAAUGACGUUAUCACCAGCUCACUAGAGUUACGUAAUACACCUGUUUACAGCCAGGCCAGUUUGACCUAUUUGGAUUUGUACCCAGGUUGACUGUGCACCACAAAACGGUGUUUGUUAGUCCAUUGAGAUAAAGCCUAGGCAUCUUCAGGGGUCAUGUAAGUUCCACCAGUACAUGUGGAUCUCCCACAGUAGAGAGAAAGAUGGGAGAUGAGUGUUAAUGUAGUGUGAAAUCAGAGGAGGCUGGUGGGAGGAGCUGUAGGAGGACGGGCUCAUUGUAAUGGCUGGAACGGAGUCAAACUCGUUGUUUACAUGUGUUUGAUGUGUUUGGUACCAUUCCAUUAAUUCCAUUCCACCCAUUACAAUGAGGCUGUCCUCCUAUAGCUCCUCCCACCAGCCUCCUCUGUGUGAAAUGGUUCUAUACAUUCUAUUGUCCAGCUGUUCUUCCCUUAGUAUAGGGUGCAAUCGUUUCCUUACAUCAACAUUCUACAGAGGAAACUGCCUGUAAAAUAAGAGUUAAUGUGUUCUAUUGUUGAGGCAGAAUAGCCUAAAUCCUCUACAUUAUCUAACUACCGGUAUAUGCAAAUUUAGUUUAGUUGUUUCAUCCUGACAUUCACCCUGUGUGUGUGUGUGUGUGUGUUGUCCAUGUGUCUGUGUGUGUCCGUGUGGGGUGUGCGUGCAUUCGUGCGUGUGCGUUCUCUGCAGGUCUGAUUACGCGACUGAGGCAUCCCGUCUCUCAGGGUAGAGAGAGCUUUGAGAGCCCUGCGGAACUCUCAGAAGGUCAGAGGUCGACCUGCUGCUCCUGCCUCCAGGCAGCCAGCAGCCAUUUUGUUUGGUUAUUGAUUAUGGAUGUUACCAUAGAGAUAGGUAUCUGUGCUAUGCUAGCGUCUGUAACAGCAGGGCUGUCUAUCAGCAGUUCUCUAACUAUCUCUAUGGAAGUUACCUAACCGUGAAUUACAAAGCUCAAACACAACUCAGAUAACACACCAGGUGCUUAUAUGUUAUAGAUAAGUUACUGUGUAAUAAAGAUAUCCUUAUACGUUAUUGAUAAGUUACUGUGUAGUGAAGAUACGCUUAAACAAAACAUAUGCAUGAUAGUGUGAAUUGGCAUGUGUUUUGCUAUUCUAAAAGCAUUAGAACUGGGAUGAUAGUGGUGAUGUAAGGUAGAUACCUGUGUGUUGAGGUAGCCAGGUGUAGCAGCCCCAGGUGUUACCAAUAGGCAGGCAGCUCCACCACACCCUGAAAACCUGGCAACCACAGUGUACCAUGUUGUGUUCAGGCUUAAUGUAUUUUCCAAUAAUUGUGUUAGUAUGUCAUUUUUACCUCUGCACUCCCUCUCCCCCCUCCCCCCUCUCUCCCCCCCUCCCCUUCCCCUUCCCCUUCCCCUCUCCCCUCUCCCCCUCCCCCCUUCCUCUCCCUCCCCCCUCCCCCCUCCCUCUCCCUCUCCCUCUCCCUCUCCCUCCCCCUCCUCCCUCCCUCUCCCUUCACCCUCCCCCCCUCCCUCUCCCUCCCCCCUCCCACCUCCCCCCACACCCUCCCCCCUCCCUCUCCCUCCCCCCUCCCUCUCCCUCCCCCCCCCUCCCUCCCCCCUCCCCCAUCCCCCCUCCCACAUCCCCCCCUCCCUCUCCCUACCCCACCCUUCAGGUCAGUGGGAGCUAGACCCGGCAGAGCUGACCCUGGGUGAGGAAGUGGGCAGCGGUCAGUUUGGCCUGGUACUCCAGGGGCGGUGGAGGGAGCUCAGGGUAGCUGUGAAGAUGGUCAGGGAGGGAGCCAUGUCUGAGGAGGAAUUCAAAGAGGAGGCCAGGGUCAUGACGUGAGUGGACUUCAUAGUGGACGGAACAUCUUAGAAGAUACCCGAAUCCCUCCAUAGUGGACUAUUUCUAACUAGUUUUUAGCCGUGAAAUGCAAGGCUGCGUCUCAAAUGACACCCUGGUCACAUGCUAUGUAAUGAACUACUUUUGAUCAGAGCGCGUGUGUGUGGUGUGUGUGUGUGUGUUGCAGGAUGCUGUCCCACUGUAAGCUGGUACAGCUGUAUGGUGUGUGUACCCAGCAUUCUCCCAUGUGUCUGGUUUUUGAGUUGAUGGAGCAGGGCUGCCUGUCAGACUACCUCCGAGCCAGGAGGGGGCGUAUGUCCCAGGACACACUACUGGGGAUGUGUCUGGACGUCAGUGAAGGGAUGGCAUACCUGGAGAGCAACAACUUCAUCCACAGAGACCUGGUAACCCACCCAAAGACCUGAACAUAUGUGUUUGUGUGCGUGUGUGUGUGCGUUCGUACAUGCUUGCCUGCAUGCGUGUGAGCUUGUUUAGUCACAAUUUAUUUUAAGUGCAUUUCAGAAGUCUCAACACACUUUACAGAGAAAAUGUAAAUUAAUUUAUAUAAGGAAAACACAGAACAGCUUAGAAAGGGUUGGUUUACCUCACUGGCUAUAGCAUCAAGGAACAGUAAGACAUCUCAGCUUGGUUAAGGCCUAGAUGUAUUUUCAGUGAUAAUGGAGUGUAUAGUAUAUAAAUAUAUAAGUGUGUGUUUUGAACCCAACCCUCACAGGCAGCCAGAAACUGUCUGGUCUCCUACAACAACGUGGUGAAGGUGUCUGAUUUUGGCAUGACCAGGUGAGUUUGUGACAGACAGGUUUAUGACAAUUGAGGUUGUGUGUUUUCAAUAAAGGCCAGAAUAUAUGGUGAUUCGGGGUGAAGACUUGAACCAGUGACCCACCCUGAGGUAACAGGGGAACUACCACCUGUGCAUUAAAGGGUCAGACUUCUCGGUAGGGGUCACUGUGCAUCUAUACAUGGAAGCUGCAGAGAUGCACACAGAUAACCGUGUGUCUCCUCUCCUCUCAGGUUUGUUCUCGAUGACCAGUACACCAGCUCUCAAGGCUCUAAGUUCCCCAUCAAGUGGUCUUCUCCUGAGGUCAUCAAGUACUGCAAGUUCAGCAGCAAGUCUGACGUCUGGUCCUUUGGUGGGUUUAUUCGUUUCUCUCCGAGACUGUUGUGCAUUGUCAGACACUGAGCUUCUUCAACCUAGAAACCGUAUACUAGAUGUAUGAUGAAUGAAUGUUGAAUCCUCUCCUCUCCUCCUGCCCUCCCCUCUCCUCCCCUCUCCUCCUGCCCUCCCCUCUCUUCUCCUCUGCUCCUGCCCUCCCCUCUCCUCCCCUCUCCUCUCCUCUGCUCCUGCCCUCCCCUCUCCUCCCCUUUCCUCCUGCCCUCCCCUCUCCUCCCCACUCCUCCUGCCAUCUCCUCUCCUCUGCUCCUGCCCUCCCCUCUCAUCCCCUCUCCUCCUGCCCUCCCCUCUCUUCUCCUCUGCUCCUGCCCUCCCCUCUCCCCCCCUCUCCUCCUGCCCUCCCCUCCCCCCCACUCCUCCUGCCCUCCCCUCUCCUCCCCUCUGCUCCUGCCCUCCCCUCUCUUCUCCUCUGCUCCUGCCAUCCCCUCUCCUCCCCUCUCCUCCUGCCCUCCCCUCUCCUCCCCUCUCCUCUCCUCUGCUCCGGCCCUCCCCUCUCCUCCCCAUUCCUCCUGCCCUCCCCUCUCCUCCCCACUCCUCCUGCCCUCCCCUCUCCUCUCCUCUGCUCCUGCCCUCCCCUCUCAUCCCCUCUCCUCCUGCCCUCCCCUCUCCACCCCUCUCCUCUGCUCCUGCCCUGCCCUCCCCUCUCCUCCCCUCUCCUCCAGGUGUGUUUAUGUGGGAGGUGUAUACGGAGGGGCGUCUGCCCUAUGAGAACCAGUCUAAUGGUGAGGUGGUAGAUGCCCUGAAUGCAGGCCUGAGGCUACUGAAACCCAGACAGGCCCCAGAGGCUGUGCACCUCCUCAUGGAGUGGUGCUGGAAGGAGGUGGGUGGGAAUGAUCUACCUGGUUCACAUCUGUAG